CUAUCAGCUGUUACUUUGGCACUCCAGUGUUUUCUUCACUCGCAUAAUUUAGGGUCCAAAAACAUUUCCCAAUUAUCUUGGUUAUUGGCUAAAAGAAAAGCGCCGAUCAGCUUAAACCAAGCCUUAAAUGAUUGCAACUCAUUUAAAUGCAAGGACACGUAGUUAGCAAGUAACAUGGACACCGCAUCGCCGAGGGAAAGCCAGAAGAACACGAAUCCGAUCGAGUCGCUGAGCAAAGAUGAAAUCAUUAGCAAAUACAAAGGCCUGCUCAACAUCGCCAAGAAAGCAAAGCAGGCGAAGGAUGAACUUACCGAGGAGAAUCACCGUCUCAAGGAGGCCCUCAAAAAGGCUGCGGAAAAACAGAGCAGUCUGCCAGCCAUGCAGGAGAUGGUCCAGGACUUCACCGACAAGAACCUCAUACUCACCGAACAGGUGAACACCCUGCAGCGAAAGACCAAGGAGGAUGCCGAUCGACUGGCGCAGUUUGAGAUCGAAAAUGAGAGUCUGAAACGCCAGCUGGGGAGGUUGAGUGACGAGAACGAUGUGCUCCUGGCCGAUGUGGAUCGCAUGGAGAAGGCCAUGCAGCAGGUCAAUGCGUUGGGCAACGAGCAACGCAAAAAUCUGGAACUUCUAGAGGUUGACAUUGCUAAAAUCAAGGAAGCGGAGGCGGAAAACGCCAGCCUUCGCCAACAGCUGGUGGCAGUGGCCGAGGAGUCAACUCUAAUGCAGCAAAAGUACCAGAGCAUCAAGGAACUCAACUCGGAGCAGCGCAAAAAGUUCAACUCCCUAAAGGAUCGCUUUAUUGAGGUCCACCGCAAGCUGAAGGGCCUCAAGGAGUGCAAAUGCGUGCUCCUGGAGACGCAGCACGAGUACGCUGCCUCCGUGUCCAAGUGGCAGGUGGAGAUCAUCAAGGCCUCGCAGCUCUUGUGCGCAAAGAUGACGGCCCUGCAGGCCGAGAACGAAAAACUGAAGCAAAACACCGAAAAAUUAGACAAUAAACGUCGCAAUGACGACAAUGGAAUUGACCGCAAACGAUUGCUGCAGAGAAUUCAGGAACUGGACCGUUUGGCCAAAUUGGUGAAGCAAACGCAGGAGCAGCAGGGAAGUAAAGUGGAUGUGAAGCGCCUACUAAAGAAGUUUACUGCCAUCGAACAGUUGGCGGCAACUGUCAAGGAGCAGCAGAGACAGGAACUACAACAGUUGGCGGUUGUAAGAAGGGAGCAGCAGGAACUAAACAAUCAUUCUAGCAACUUGAAUGUGUGCCUCUUCCAGACCAAGCUUAAUCAAAUGCAAAACCUCGUUAAAGUCAUCGAAAAUGAGCGCAACAAUCAGCAGAGGAAACUGGAGGAUCUAGAGGCCAUGUGCAUAGAACUGCGCCAACACAACGAGGAUUUACUCUCGCGUUUCCACCUCAAGGAGCAGGAGCAUGGUGAGCUGCUAACAGAGAUGCGUGAACUGAACGAGGCGCUGAAGGGACGCGGAGAUGCCAUCUCCCGCCUUCAAGAGCAGCACGAUGCAGAGGUCAAGCGUCAGCUGGAUUUAGAGGCCCAACUCUCGGGCAGUCAGCAGGCGGUGGAAGAGAAGUUACAGAAGAUAAAACAACUCCAGAGUCGUGUUGAGGAACUGGAACAGGCCAAUGCUGACGCCCAGAGUGAUGUACUGUCCACAUCCACGAUAUCACGAGCCGAGGAAUUAAGUCGCCUGCGUGAAGUGGACGAGGGCUACGAGGAGAAGUACAAUAAACUGAGAACCAUAGCUGCCAAGCUCAAGAAGAAGUUGCAGGACCAGACGCAGCAACUGAAAGAAAUGGAACAGAGCGGGGCGUUGAAGCAAGAACUGGAGGCUGUCAAGUUGGCACAGGUCCAACUGCAACAGGAUCUUAAUGCUGCGAGAGCUGAGAAUCAGAAGCUCAAGUCCAAGGAGAAAGUAAAGCAUUCGAGUGUCCUUAACCUGGAAAUCGAGGCUGCAGAAAAAUCCCUCACCGAGGUCAGUGCCAAACUGGCGGCCAAGACUAGCGAACUGGAAACAGUCAGGGAAUCACUAGCCAGCAAGGAAAACACCAUCAUUCAGCUGCGCAAGGAGAUUGCCAUUUUAGAGCAGGCCAAAAAUGGAGAGGCUGCUCAUUCAUUGGAGCUUAAAGAGCAGAUCGAUCGCAUGCAAGUCCAGGUCAAAGACGCUGUUCACAGCAAGCAACAGGCGCUCACUCAGUCUAAGGAUUUGGAACAGGCGGUUGAGAAGGCCAAACUGGAGGCGGAGCAGUUGCGUCUGCAGCUGGCGGAGAGCGCUCAGCAGUACGAAUCUAGGCUUAGAUCGGCCACCCAGCAACUGACCACUCGAACAGAAGAGCUAGAGAUGCACUUGGCAGAAGAAAAGCGAUUGGAGACGGCGCUCAGGAAUGCGCAACGAGCCCAGGAAGAUCUCCGAGUGGAGUACACCGAGUACAAGCUGAAGGCGCAGUCUGUGUUGCGCAAAAACCAAAGUAAGGGCUCCAACCGGGAGCAGGAGUUGGAGGAAGAGUUGGUUGGGCUUCGAGAGAGCGAACGCAACUUGCGGGCUAGUAACGAUGGUAGAGCUGCCCGACUGGCCCAGAUGGAUAGCCAGAUAGAGGCACUGCGUCAGGACAACGCUGAUUUGCAGAAACGCAGCAAAGAGCUGCUGUCACUGGUGGACGAACUGCGCCAGCAAAACGACCUGCUGUCGCUGGAAAACCAACGCCAGUUGCAAUUUCAACACGACCUGAUGCAACAGCAUCGCCAACAAAUUGACCAUUUGGAGGCCGGGCACCAGUUGCAAUUAAAGCAGGUGCAGCAACAGCUUGAGGAGGCGGAGCAAAAGCAGAUUAACGUGUCACAGCAUAUCGCCGCGUCCGCUGUGAGUGGAGAGCCCAGUCCAGAGCAGGCAAAGAUUGAUUACUUGCUCAUGGAUCACGAAUCCGGUUUGGAAAACCAUGCUGGCGAUGCCUCCCUGGCGCAACUGGCCGCUCAGCGAAAGAUUUCCACUGCCUCGCGGCGUUCGCACGAUUUUAUGCCGCUCGACGAGCUGCUUAACGCUUCCAUGAACCAAAUAACCAGCGACACUGUAACUACCAUCACUAACUUCGGGCGCAGCGUCUCUCAGCAGGAGGAUGAGGAAGCGGAACUGGCCGCUCGCGGUGACUUUUCCGUCCAGGCUGCCCAACUCCAGGCCACCAAGGAACGCCUGAGCAUACAGGAGAGUCGAGUCAAGCACUUGACCUCCCUGCUGGCCGAGAAUGAGCAGGAUCUGGCCAAACUGACCCAGAUGAACGACAUGCUCAAGGAGGAAUUGCGGCGCCAAGAACGCUCCGAGGAGCGGGAACAGCACAUGCACAACUCCGAGUACUUGAAGAAUGUCUUCUUAAAGUUCCUUACACUAAACAAUGUGGAUGAGCGCCAGCGUUUGGUGCCCGUGCUGAAUACCAUUCUCCGUCUGAGUCGCAACGAGAUGGACAUGCUCAAUUGUGUGGCCAAAGGACAGAAAGUGUCGCCAGAUGGCAGCAGUCGCAGCUGGACGGGAUUCCUGACUGCGUGGAGUGGAGGAGGCAGCCCCAAUAACAACAACUAGCUGGCAUCAUAAAGUAUACAUAAUUAUUGGUAUUGUUGGAUGUGAAUAUUCGCCAGUCAUUAGACAGUUGUAUAGCUUUCUGUAAAUCUUGUACAAUUUCCUUUUAUAUUAAUGUAUUUUAAAAUUGCUCGUUGCUGUUUGGCACACCGUACUUUGUACACUCUUAUGUGUGUUCAUGGAUGUUCGUGACUCCGUUGUGUUGAGCGCCCUAUACAGCACUCUCGGCAAUAUACGCGUUGCAGACCGAAACCCUCCCGCGUAUUGAAGAGAAAACAGUUUUUCAAUUGUUUCUUU